AUUGCUAUACAUUGAUUAGUAAUGACUACCCCCAUGGAGGAAAGCAGGAGGCCCAGUGAAGAUGCUGUCAUCGGCUGUUGACAGCAAAAUGAAAACGGAAUAAUUUCGAAACCUUUUGGUGUCAUGUAAUUCAUUUCCUUGGAUCAAAAGGGGAUGAAGAUGGCGUCCCGGUGGACGGUCCAAGCCGUGCAGGAGUUCCUAAUCGAGCGAGGAGGGAGGGUCCAGCAGAUGGAGCUGAUCGAUCACUUCACAGCGGCGUGGGGUGGAAAUGACCCGCUGAAGGAGGAGGAGGAGGCUCUGAGGAGCAUCGUGGACAUGGUCGGCGUCGUGGAAGUGGAAGGCGGCGUGAAAUUCGUGUGUCUCAAGGUUGAAUGUAGCAAACAGUCGGUGAUGUGCGUGGACGCGCAGUGCAACGGGGGCAUGCACGACACACCGGACAACAAGGGCCGAGUCAGCGGCAACCGUGACAACGGCCUGCAAACAGGAACUUCUGGUCCGUCUUCCACUAUGGAUGACGUCACGCAGCCCAACAGCCAAGAUCCACCUGCUGCCCCCUCCCACAUGAGCAAGACCACCACCACUCCUGCUUCCGUCGGAGCAGGCGAGGUGAAGCUGAGAGAAAGGAGGAGGCGAGAGUCUGCCCCGCUUAUCGGGGUGCCAGACCGGGACCACCAUGCUGCAGGCGCCAACAUCCAACCAGUCAGAGGGGCCCGCCGGGUGUCCAAAGGGGCCCAGCGAGCCUUGCUGACCAGUUGCCUGUCUGAGGACAGCUCCAUAGAAGGUCUGGACCACAGAGUGGACGUGAACACACCCAAGGGGAGUCGGAGGAAUUUCAUCGAGCUGAUGAUGAAUAGUUCUCCUCAGGUUCGAAGGUCUCUCAUUAACCGAGGUCCGCGCCUUCGAGACUCGAUGAGGAGCGACGGCGACUCGUCCUCUCUCCUCUCCUCGGCCACGGACGAGGAUUGCGCCUUGGUGACUCUGGACCCGCUGGAGCAUGAGUGGAUGCUGUGCGCCUCAGACGGCCUGUGGGAGAGCCUGCAGCCCCUCCUGUUCGUGGAGGCCGGCCUCGUGGCCAAGAGGGACUUUGUCACGGGCUUCACUUGCCUCCACUGGGCGGCCAAGCAGGGCAAGGCUGAGCUGCUCUCCCAGUUGCUGACCUUCGCCAAGGACAAUGCCGUGCCUGUGAACAUCAAUGUGAGGUCCAGCGCUGGUUACACGCCGCUGCACCUGGCGGCCAUGCAUGGACACACUCAGGUGGUACGUGUGCUGCUGGCGGACUGGGAGGCGGACCCCGAAGCGAGGGAUUACAGCGGCAGGCGAGCCAUCCAGUAUCUCCCUGCGCCCCUGGCUGCAGACUUGCAGGAGCAAGGGGUAGUCACCUCACCAGAGGCUGAGUCCGACAAUGAGAACGCAAGCAGCAGUAGCCGGGUGCGUGGCUGGCGCUUUCCCAAAGUCCUGCAGGGCAACCUAAACCCGCUCCGCCUCCUCAACCCACCAGCAGCCGGGGCCUCCGAGGAGGCGGUCGGGAACGGGAGGACAAAAGGGGGCAUGCUGAGGAAGUCGUCCCUGAGCAGGCUUAACGCUCGGCUACAUCGGGGGCGGCACAGGGCUCAGAUCAUCCACAGCACCUCUUUCAGGGACACGGGGGAAAUGGGGAGAGGCGACGAGCUUCCCAGCAGCCCGGUACGAACACGACCACUCUCCAACUUGUUUGGAUGAAGCCACACCGCUCUCAACCAGCUAUUUAUUUAUUAAGUUUGACAUUUUUAGAACCCAAAUUCAUAGUUUAUUGUACAAUAACACACUUUUAUUAGUAGCAUAUUUUAUUUACUAAAGGGAAAACAUACUUAUGUAACACUUUUGCUGCGUUCAUUUAAUUUAUUUUAACAGAAACAUUGAAUUUUUCAUUUUUGCUAUUUUUUCUGUACAUGCGAAAGGGACAUUUGUCAUUUUGAUUCACAUUGGUGAAAGUCACAUUAAUCCCAAAUGGUGUUUCUGGUGCCGAGUUAUGACAAUUGAAUUGAAUUACCUCGUUUUUCGUUAUUCAUUUCUUUCAAAAGGCAAUAUUCUCCCAUAAGAAAUCAUAUAAAUCCAGUUAAUCCAUUCCAGACACUCAAAAAUAUUAUCUAAUUUUGUGUUUGACAUGGAGGAAACGGGGUGAAAUAAUUAUAAAUUCCAAAUUGAUUAAACUUAAUGUUGAUGUGGACUUCCCCGUAUGUCCAGGCGACAUCAAAUUCGAGAGAGUUUCUCACCUUCUUUAUCAAAUUGCUGGCACUCGCAACUUUCUUUGGCCCCAUGGUGGAUUAUUUAGCAAGCAAUAAAAAUGCACAGACAGUGAGUCAGCAACGCGUAGGAUACUUUGUUUGGGCACUCAAACGGGCUGCAGUAAUCCCUCAACAUUUUGCGGUUUCACUCGAUCACAGUUUUUCAAGAAUAUAUUAAUAAGUCAUGCAGAAUAUGGCAAUAUUUUUUUUUAAUAUUUUUUUUUAUUUGAGAAUUGUCCACAUUAUGUUACAGUCGUCCCGUUUGCACUCGCCACUUUGAAGAAGUCACCCAGACUCCGUUGGUCACAUGUUUAAUAUUCCACACAUCACAUUUAAACACCUUUUUAGUUUUGCUGUCAUUAAUCCGGCAAAUAAGACUGUUUCACAUUGUUUGGGGGCUGCUAUACUGUUUUUUUUUAAAGCAAUCUGCUUACUGUCACAGUACUGUUUCUACGUGGUUUUGUAAGAAUCUCCGUUCCAAUUGCUGAUUUAUGUCGCGAUGACUUCAGGGACCUUGACGACCAGCGUAGCAGGGAUCAGUAAAUAUGCAAUGGAGCCAGCACAAGUCGCACUCAUCUCUCUGGAUUGUAUUGUUUUCAAGCUGCGUGUCACGUGUAGAUAUUCAGUGACUACUGUAGGUGUUUUUGUCUCUUGUUCAUGACGAUCACCUCUAUUUCAUGGAUCGUACCACUGCACACGUCGUCUGUUCUUGUGUGUUUGUGCACUUUGACGUCACUCUUCACCUGCACGUGUGUGAGGAAACACUAUUUUAUGUUUAGUUUAGUUUUUUUGGAUACUGUGAAGUUACCACGCUGUGUUGUGAGAACACUGAGCCACUUUCAUUGUCCCAUCCUUCAUUGUGAAAUAAAGCAAUACUCAGUAGCACGACAGAACCACAUGUUUAAUGGACUCAUUGAUUAGUUAUCACACACCCCGCCGGCUGUCCUUGUUUGGUCAUGUUGAAUAAUUGAUGAUUUGAUGUCCGGAGAUUACACAAUAGCCACAGCUGACUGUGUAACACGGCACUCGGGCAUCGUUGCACACCUGUUCGACAUUUUGUAUGCAGGUAUCGGGUUCCCCCAGGGCUUCAUCUAUGCCAGGGGUGUCCAAACUUUUUCCAGCGAGGGCCACGUAGUGAAAAAUGAAAGGACGCAAGGGCCGCUUUGAUAUUUUGUAAAGCAACGAAUGUAGAUAUGCUAAGAAGUGAUACAGUAUAUAUUUCAAGAAAAACCUGCAUCUCAGCUUUGUGAUAUUGGAGAAAAAGCCUAUUAUUAGUAUUUUUAUAUUAUUUCUAAACAUAUGGAUGUUUCUGUGCGUUUUCCAACUGUUUCAACUUUUUUCCUGGAAAUUUUGUUCUGUUCACAGGUAUGACUUUAUUCCUGUAAUAUUUUGACUAAUAUUCUCGUAACUUUUUUCCGCAAAACAAAAUUUUCCAAAAAUGACAACUUCAUUCAUUGUUUUGUUUGUUUCUCAUAAUAUUACAACUUUUCAAGAAUAGCAUCUUUUUUCUUGAAUAUUUCAACUCUGUGCUACCAAAAUGUCAAUAUUUUUUCUCAUAACAUACUUUAUUCUCAUAAAAUUGCCAGUUUUUUUUCUCAUUAGAAUACCACUUUUUUGUCUUAAUAUUGUGACUUUAUUCAAAUUUACAGCUGUUUUUUUCAAUUUAUGCAGAUUUUCCGACUGUUUCAACUUUCUCGUAAUUAUGACUUUAUUCCUGUAAUAUUUUGAUUUUAUUCUUGUAAUACUAUAACUUUUUUCGUAAACCAAACUGUCCAAAAAUGACAACUUUAUUUUGUUUUGUGUCUUUAAAAAAAAAAAAAAUAAUAUUUCAACUCUUAUGCUGCUAAAAUGUCAUUAUUUUUUCCUUAUAAUAUGAUGAUUUUAUUCUCGUAAAAUUGAGGCGUUUUUUCUCGUUACAAUGUGCUUUUUUUCUCUUAAUAUUUUGACUUUAUUCUCAUAAACUUACAGCGUUUUUUUUUCCAUUUCUGAAGAUUUUCCAGCUGUUUCAACUUUCUGUUUGUAAAUUCUCGUCUCGCAAUUAUGACUUUAUUCACCUAACAUUAUAACUUCUUCCACAACCACAUUUUCCAUUUUAUUUGUUUCUCAUAAUAUCAUGAGUUUUUUUUAAGAACAUCUUUUUUUAAUACUUCAACUAAAAUGACAUUAGGUUUCUCCUUUAACAUAACAAGUUUAUUCUUGUAAAAUUGCGACUUUUUUCAGAAGAAUACGACUUUUUUCUCUUCAUAGUUUGACUUUAUUCCCAUAAAAUUAUAGCUGUUUUUUUUCCAUACACCUUUUAAAAAAUAAGAUAUUUUUUCUUUAAUAUUUCAACUCUAUGCUACUAAAAAUGAUAAUAAUAUAACAUAACAUAACAUAAUAUAUUUUCUUUUCUCAUAAUAUUAGUUUAUUCCUGUAAAAUUGAGCCUUUUUUUCCUCAUUAGAAUACGCCUUUUUUCUCUUAAUGUUUUGUCUUUUUGUCUUUAUUCUCAUGAAAUUGCAGCUGUUUUUUUCCCCCAUUUCUACAGUUGUUUUCUUCUUAAGUUCCCACCUGUUUCAACGUUGUUCUUGUAAAUUUUCUUCUCGUAAUUAUUAAUUUAUUCUCAUAAUAUUUUAACUUCAUUCUUGUAUCAUUAUUACUUUUUCCGCAACCAAUUUUGCAAAACAAAUGUGUUCGUUGUUUUGCUUGUCUUUAAAAAAAAACAACUAUUAUUAAAAAAUAUUUCAACUCAAUGCUACUAAAAUGACGUUCCUUUUCCUCAUAGUAUUAUGACGUUAUUCUUGUAAAAUGAAUUGUUUUUGUUAAAGUACUACUUUUUUCUCUAAAUAUUUUGACUUUAUUCUGGCAAAUUGGCUGCAGAUUUUUUUCAUUUCUGCUGGGUUUUUUUGUUUUUUUUUUUAAGUUUUCUUCUUCAAUUAUAGCCGUGGGCUGGAAAUGCCCCCUGGCCUGCACCUGUCAGUUCCUGGUGGUGUAAUGGUACAGCUGCUGCCUUUUAAGGAAGCGGGUGUGGGUUUGAUAUCAGUCCUGAACAGUGUUUUUUUUUUUUUUUUUAAUUCUGUUCAUAUAUUUUGCACUUUAAUGAAUGAAUGAACGAACGUUAAAACAUUUAGUUU